AUGCCCCCCGGCCCUUGUGUGAGAGCAGCCCCCAGACCAGUGGUGCCAACUUCACAAGACCAGCUCUACAUCGUCGAAAAAAACAACGCUAAAAGGGCCACCGAGAAGAAAGCAGCCAACGCGAAGAACAAGAAUUCACCCGUAGUCUUGGACGGCGCGGGCGGGGGGGCGGACGAGGGGAAGGCGAAAUAUGACGAAGAAGAGGGUUAUCCGGUCGAGUCCGCGGCCGCGUCCACUACGGUCGAGUCCGCGGCCGCGGUGAGGUGGGUGGCCUCCCAGACGGCCGCGCGGGAAGCUGAGAAAAGAGCCAACGGCGAGGUAGCGUCGACACCGGCGCCAGACACUCGAGCAGCAGAGCUAGAAGCGAAGAUUGGUGCCUUGGGGCCUGAACCCGCGGCGGAUUCGGCUGAUCGCCCCAAUUGGAUGGCGAAACGAGCGGCGUUGACCAUGGCGGCUGAAAAACACCCCAGCAUUAAGCAGGAGAAGGGGGGGGAGGGGGGGGAAGCACCGGAGGACGCCGAAGACGACGAUAAGUUGGCGAGGCCAUCAAGAUGGGUUCACAGUUACAGCCUUGUCUUCGCGUUGUUAGGCCGUCCCGCGGGCAAGCAUGAGGACGUUGACCUCAAGGUGGCCAUAUCUAUCGGCCCCGGGAAGCAGGGGCGUCGCGCCCACUUUGCGUCGCCGACUCCUUCUAGGACGUCGGACGAGGAGACAAGCGACACCAGAAACGGCCCCUUGGGCAAGCGCGGUCUUCAGACAAUGGAUGGGGCCGGGGGCAUCGGUGGUUUCGCCAGCCAAGGAAAAUUAAAACAAGAGGUGUUUGCUCAGAAUUCGAAGGCGAAGAAGGAGAAGGAAAUGCAGGACUGGAGACGCAACGUGGCGGUGCUCACCAAGGCGGUCGUGGCCAAAGGGCGCCUCAACGAGGAGGAGGCGGCGGGUCAGCGUCACAUGCAGACGAUAGACGGGAAGGAGAGGAAGCUCAAGUUGUGGGAGAAGCGGGGCAAGGAAGCAGAGGAUUAUCUUGCGCUUGAGGCCGAGCUUGNCGGGGCCGGGGGCAUCGGUGGUUUCGCCAGCCAAGAAAAAUUAAAACAAGAGGCGGUCGUGGCCAAAGGGCGCCUCAACGAGGAGGAGGCGGCGGGUCAGCGUCACAUGCAGACGAUAGACGGGAAGGAGAGGAAGCUCAAGUUGUGGGAGAAGCGGGGCAAGGAAGCAGAGGAUUAUCUUGCGCUUGAGGCCGAGCUUGAAUAUCUGUAUGAUAACCCGCCCUGUGCGGCUGUCGAGCCGCUUCCCCCCGUUGACCUCGCUAGUGCCGCAUCCCCCCCUUUGAGUGUGAUUGGCGAUGCUGAAGCGGGUGCUGCAGUCGCUUCGGUCGGCGGUGGGACGGGCGUUGGAGGUUCUGGCUUGCCAGGUUUCAGCGGCAACGUAGGGCUCGCCCAUGCAGCAGCAACGGGUGAUGCCACGGCGGUUGCGAGAGCAUCGGGCGCCGAGGCAGGCGCCAUCAGGGUUGGAGGCAACUGAGUCUGUUUGGCUAUAACCUUGGCUGUUUUUCUCGUGCUUUUCGCCGUGAUUCCUUGUCGUUUAGCCGUGACAUGACGCCAGGGAUAUGAAGGGUCCAACAUCGCCCGGGG